ACACCAUCUAAUAAGAAUCGUACUCACUUAUUGAAAUCAAAAGAUAGAAGCGAAGAGGUUCGAAGAUAUAUUUGAUAGGCUAUCAAUAUAUCGAGAGUCGUCUGAGCUAGGCGGGCUAGCGAUUGCAUGGAUUGUUGAGCACGGAGUUCCCACUCGUGAUCUGGUGCGGAUGCAUGACCGAGCGCCUGUCAGUGACAUAAAUAUUUGGCCAGAAGUGGAAAAUGAAAGAACAGUACUGUGUGUUUACCACAGUGAAAGUUUGACAUGAAUCAAGCGCGGUUUAAACCGACUGAAUUAGGGAUUUAUUACCCUGAGUUAAGGCGCUCAGUACGCCAUAGACGCUAGAUGCAGGCCUGGAAUUUAGAGCGUAUACCAUUGCCAAACUUUUCCACAUACGUAAUUUAUACAACAGUAUCAUUGCUAGGAUCUGUAUUACAUGUAUUCUUCCAGAUGACUAAAGAUGCUAAACCUGAAGGAACAGGAAAUUAUACCACACUAAACUACCCAACACUGGCAUUAACUUGCUGUCUGGAAGACAGUUGGUGCUUCUGGAGCUUCGUAAACUUUGGAUACUGUUUGUUGAUGUAUGCUGCAAGAGAAUUGCAAAAUUUGUUUUUCGGUCAACUUCGAAGCGCUGAAGAUUCACAUAUCAGAGAAAAUUUUUCUAGUUUUAUUUUCUAUAAGGUGGUUUUUAUUUAUGGUAUUCUCCACGUGGAAGUUCUUCAUGAACUCCUUCUUUGGGCAACGUGGUUUACUAUACUUGGCUUUUUGCGUCUUCUAACUGGUCUCAUCAGGGAUCGUUCUCAGUACAGUCUUCGUUGUUCUGAUUUUUCUCUUACUUAUCAAGCCCGAAUAUUUUUAUUAUGUUGUUUGCUCCUGCUUUUCAGCAACGUUCUGAUGAUUAUUUCUAUAAUCGUGGGUGCUAAACAUUCUCUUAAUACUAUGUUCUUUAUGCUUGCGGAGGUAUUUCAACUUUUGAUUGUCACUGUGCAUGUUAUCACGUGGUAUGUAGUUUAUCUAUAUUGCGAAGUUGCCUCACGUUCUAAUGAUGACGAUAAAGUGUACCACCGUUUUGUGCUUCUUUAUUACACUGAAUUCGUUUUUGAUACGAUUGCUGAUGCUGGCGAUGUAUUCCAUAACCUACAUAUGUUAUUUUGGAAUAAACUUCAAAUAAAUAUGUCAACCAUCAUUGUUGCCUUGCACCUUCAACAUUUAUACUACAAAGUGUCCAGACGUUUUGUGCAUCACAAACGCUAUAAAAACGUACUAAAGAAUUUGGAUACUCGAAUUGUUUAUUCCAAAGAAAAUUGUCCUAUUUGCUGGGAGAAAAUGCGCAAAUCCUGUCAACUCCCCUGUGGACAUAUUUUUCAUACUGCCUGUUUAUAUCUGUGGAUUGAACAAAACAAUAACUGUCCUGUAUGCAGAAAGUGCUUUGAUGAUUUAAAUGGUCUACCUCCAAAUACAGUAACAACAAAUUUACCUACAACACUUCCCAGUUCUUUUUCUACCAGUGAAUCUUCCGAAAUAUCGAGAGGUCAAAGUAAUGGGUCUAGUUUUCACCCUUUAUCAUCCGAAACCAGUCAGAUAGGUUUCCGUUCUGAGAAUCAACUUAAUGUAAGAAAAUUGUGCGAAACAUGUAUUCCGACUACGAAAAAUUCUGGUUUCUCCGUUCGUCAAACAACGGCGGAUUCAUUACUUUCCGCAAAUAAGUUCACUUCAUCCAACGAAUCAUACUUUUCGGCAAUGGUUAGUAUGGACCGUCUGUUGGAUGUACAUGAUCAGUUGAUUGCUGAAGAUGUUGCCAAUGUUCGAACCCGUCCAAAAAAUGCAUUACCUGCAAAAUUCUUAGCUAUACUGGAAGCCGAAUUACUUCGACAUUUCCGCUUAUCUGAUAGUUCGAAUAAUUCGAAGUUAAAGUCAUCCAGAUGCAAACAACAAGAGGGCUCAUUGACUGAACAUACUGUUAAUUCACAUGCCCACGAAUCUACAUUGCUAAUAACAGAUCAGAGUCCACUCAUUUCAUCAACUCCCGAUACAUUAUUUUCAACACUACAUUCUUCACAGAGUUCAUCAGAUUCGUCUCAUACAGACGAUGAAGACAAGGAAUUCCCACCUAAACGUGCUUUACGAUUGGCUAUUAGACGGUUGUUGCAGCGUGUCAAUCAAUCACUUUUGAUUUCAGGGAAGAUGUGUCAAUGUCAUGCACUAAAUCUUUGUACACAUAAGUCUGGUGUUUUCGAAAGAGAUAAGUUAUCAAUUCAACCUACUUCAUCGAUGGAUAAUAUAAUUUGUCAAACUCCAAAUACUUCAACACCAUUCCAUUCAUAUCCUUCUACUUUAUCUUCAUCUUCCACUCAACUUAUGAAACAUUAUCAAACAUCUUCAUUGGUUUGUAGUGAUACAUCUUGUUCACCUGAUAUAUUAUCACAUAGAAAUCGGUCUAGCUUAUUCUUAGAUCCUCAGACCUAUCAUUCAACUGAUGAACAGUUGCGUGUUGUAAACAAAUGUAAAUGUAAUUUGUCUUCAGUUGUACAUCCCUUCGAAAGUCAUCGCAAAAAACAUCAAGAAAAAUGUCUUUUGUCGCGGCGAGACGGACUUAGUCCUGGAGUGCCUUACUUUAAUAACUAUGAAACUCCUGAUGGUGUUUUGACAGAAGACGAUUCAAUACACCGAGGUAACAAGUCAUCCUCACUGUCGGAUACUGAGGUUGCACACAACACGAAAGCUAAGACUCACACGUGUGAUUCGAAUAAUAGAUUCAGACUGUCUUGGUUUGAGAAACGCAUAAAGCGUAAAUCUUUAUAUGAUUCACCUGGUCUGUUUGUCAGAUUUCGACACAAGCAGAACUAUGAAAAGUGUAAGAAGAAGGAACAACAGGUUUGUGAGGAAAACGUGACCAAUCCGACCGAUAUCUCACAACUGAGAUCAUGA